GUGUGUCAAAAUCGGAGGAUUAUAACUGCACUUCGAAUCUCUGCCAUUGUUCCUUCAACUUCAUAUUCUCCGUCUUUGUAUAGCAAAUCUAAGAACAUCCAAAAAUCAGAACGAUUUCGUCUCCGAUUCCAAGAUAUUUCCAAAUCAAUCCGGAUUUCUUUCUCCGGCUCUGUGUCGGAGUGUUUUUUUUUUGUUCCAUCAGAAUCGAUCGAAUUGGGGAAGUUUUUUUUGUUUCAUCUUGAUGAUUUCACUGUGAAAUCGAUUUCCGCGGCGGAUUUUGAGCCCCGACAUGGAACCCUUGUCUGUACGGAUAGGUGGCGCCGGCGCCGGCGCCGGCAAGCUUGAUGCGCCGCUGGAGUUUCGGCAUUUCUCGGUUGCUGUCUAUUUCGCGUUUGGAUUCUUCUUCUCUAGACUCAUCCUCGACAGAUUCGUAUUUCACAGGAUCGCUGUCUGGCUUUUAAGUAUCGGUUCUGCCUCGCAUAAAACGAAUGAUGCAACCCGUGCGAAAAUUGUCAAAUGCAUGGAGUCUUUGUGGAAAUUCGCAUACUAUGCCAGUUGUGAAAUAUUUGUUCUCAAAGUCAUCUAUCGCGAGCCGUGGUUCAGUGACACACGUCAGUAUUUCAAUGGUUGGCCAAAUCAAGAGUUAAAGCUUUCUCUAAAGAUAUACUACAUGUGUCAAUGCGGAUUCUAUCUGUAUAGUGUUGCUGCAUUGCUUACAUGGGAGACGAGAAGGAAGGAUUUUGCUGUUAUGAUGUCUCAUCAUAUAAUCACCAUCCUCCUGAUUGGCUAUUCAUUCUUAACAAGGUUUUUUCGGGUUGGUUCGAUCAUCCUAGCUCUUCACGACGCGAGUGAUGUGUUUAUGGAAUCUGCUAAAAUUUUUAAAUACUCUGAGAACGAACUCGGAGCGAGUGUGUGUUUCGGACUAUUCGCUCUCUCAUGGCUUCUGCUACGGUUAAUAUACUUCCCGUUUCGUGUCAUCAGGGCUACAAGCACUGAACUCGGGAGCUACGUGGAUAUAACAACGCCUGAAGGAAUGUCAAUGUACUAUGGCUUCAACACGAUGUUACUGAUGCUACUUGUAUUUCACAUAUAUUGGUGGUAUCUCAUCUACUCGAUGAUCAUGAGACAGCUUCAAAACAAAGGAAAAGUUGGGGAAGAUAUACGAUCUGAUUCGGAGGACGAUGAUUAGGGCUUCGAGACAUGUUGAGGGCGCCGCCCUUAGCCACAGGUAUUUGGCCUCAUUUCCGAUUCCGGGUUUUUGAUACUAUUUAUAGAUUAGGUUGGAUGAAGAAGAAAGAGGAAGAUUUUGGGGUCUGCGUUAUUCUCCUUAUGUAUAAUACGAUGGUAAAGUUUCUUUGUAAAUUAAAUUCCUCUUCUGUAUUGGCUUUAUAUAUACACGCACGCACUUGGUCUAUUUUACACUUGUGUUGUUGGAAUUUUGUUUAA